AAUCAAUUCUCGACCAUGGAUAGCUGGUAUCGGAAGUAUCGAUAUUUCAGUAUCGGUCCGCACAUCACGAGCAGCAACAGAAAGUCAACCAUCACUGACUUCUUGUUUUGUUUUUUACCCCAUAUUGACAAUGUUCUUCACAAACUGCGCCUUUGGAUGACAGCACCAAUGGAUGACUGCAUCUAGAUUUCUGUUAACUGUUUUACCUUUACGCGAGCACAAUGGCUACCCAGAGAGCACUCCCUCAGAGUAAAGAAACUCUGCUUCAGAACUACAACAAGAGACUGAAAGACGACAUCAAGUCUAUCCUGGACAACUUCACCGAAAUUAUCAAAACCGCGAAGAUAGAGGAUGAGACACAGGUUUCUCGAGCAACUCAAGCAGAGCAAGACCAUUAUGAGAUGCAUGUUCGAGCAGCAAACAUUGUACGUGCGGGCGAGUCCUUGAUGAAGCUCGUUUCGGAUCUGAAGCAGUUUCUGAUUCUGAAUGACUUCCCUUCGGUGAACGACGCCAUCAGCCUCCAGAACCAGCAGCUGCGCUCACUGCAAGAGGAGUGUGACAAGAAGCUGACGUCGCUACGGGACGAGAUUGCCAUCGACCUGUACGAACUCGAGGAAGAAUAUUACUCCUCCAGCUACAAUCAGUGGGAUAGCGUUGACCUGCCCUUGUGUGAGGCAUAUCGGCGACGGGACAGUUGGGCCUCCCCACGCAGCAGCUGCAGCUCGAGUCAAGGAGACAAUGAGGACACGGAUGGACCCCCCACACAGGAGGUCAACCCACAAAUCCACCUCAAUGGAAACGCAGGCACCGUUCCGAUCGAGAAGUCCUGAACAUGGAAUUGUGCAGUGGUACUGAUGUCAACCAUCAGUUUGUUACCUUGCAGAAGUAUUAAAAAAUAAUGCGGAAGGCUGUAGAUGAAUACAUUCAUGUGUUUAUGCAGAAAUUUUAUUUGUAGUUAUUGACUCAUUUUCUUUACUAUAUCGGUAUUAAACUAGCCCAAUGAGCUUGUGUUGUUUGUCCACUUGCCUUCUGCCAAAUGCGGCGUUUCAUGAGCCAGGUUGUCCAAAUCAUGUUUUAUUUGUAGUAAAACUCAUUUGAAAUCCAACCAAUUCCUGCUUUUUUUUCUCCAAC